GCUGCAUAUAAAAGGCGGACGGUGGCGGUGCCAGGAGAAUACGCGUGUAGAGUUCACGAUUUGAAGAUGGUCAGGCUCGGUAAUAAUUCGCGUUUAAUCAUUGGAAAAUGCGUUCUUCUGAUGUUCCUAAUAGCUGUUCAAGUGACAGGAGAAGAGAACUGCAAUGAAGUAAAUUGUCCCGCUGAACUGAUUGUGAGAUAUUACAAGGGGAUUGGCUGUACCCCCAUUUACGCGAAUCCCAACGACUGUUGUGCGGAAGCAUACAAUUGCAGUCAUCUGAACAAUUUGUCACGGGAUAAAUGCUAUGUGAAUGGCAACGAAUACAGCGUCGGGGAGAUGCUGAAACCCGAGGACAGCAAUCCUUGCGACCGGAAUUGCACAUGUACGAUGUUCAGAGAUACUGCCUUUUUCCAAUGCGAGAGAUUAAACGAGUGUAAUAGUACAGAGGAACAGAGUUGUUCGUACAGAAGAACGCAUGGUCUUUGUUGCGCAGAUCCAUUUUGCGAUAUGGAAGAAACAGAUAAUACAACUUGUAACGCUAACGGUAAAGUUUAUAAGGCCGGGGAGUACUUCUAUCCAAACGCUAAUCCAAAGUUGUUGUGUCUCUGCAUGGAGGGAUACACAGGUGAGAAUAUCGAGCCUUUCUGUCAGCAAUUGAACCGUGAUCCGUGCUCUGCUCUCUUCGCGGAAGCUGCUCCUCAAGUUCAUGACAAGUGGUUACCUGCGUUUCUUACGAUACCAAGAUAUCAUUGCUAUAAAUUUGUAUAUAUAGGCCCGAACAUAAAGAGCGUCGAUAUUGAGGAAUUUAAAAACGUUAUGUCGGUUUCUGAGGGAGAAACCAGAACGUGCCGAUUUUAUAAUGAUACGAAUAGCAUAGGUGAGGAAUUUGACCCGGAACCGGUCGACAUGUGGACGGUUGACUUGAAAUGUAAAUGCGAGGUGCCUCCACUUAUAACGUGCCAGAGGUCAAUGGCAAUACCACAAGAAAAUUAAAGUCGAGAUCUUUUUUAAACGUAAACUAUUUAUCUAACUGCUUUAGUUCUUGAACAUGUUAUCGUUAUCUGGCUAAUUUUUGAAAGCUAUCGCGUUUAAAUAAUUUAUUGAUUUUAUGAUGUGAAAUAAAAUACGUUAGUAAGUUAAAAAAUUAGAACGUUUCAAUAAUUAAUAGAAUAGCUCGUAAAUCGAUAUAAUCUACCAAAAGCUGUUGUAUUUUACUAAAUCGUAGCAGUUGAAUUUUUUUAAAUACACUUUGUUACUGAAAGAAAGGAAUGUGUUGCAUUUGAUAAGAAAUUGCUUUCUUUAUUAAAUUUGCAUUUCUUUAUUAUCCUAACUAUGUCUAUUAAUGGCAUAGUUUAUCAACCAAUCUUUGAUAACGAAGGGAUAAUAAACGAUAGAAUGAGACUCGUUUUACGACGCGACGUGCCAGCUUUGAUAUAAACUUGUAAUGUUUGCAUAAUUAAUAUGAUUAUCCGGUAUUUCAUUGCUCGAAAUUGAAAAACUUUCUGUUCUUUAAAGGAGCCAUCUUUUCAUCCUGCAGAAACACCUUCUAUCAAUCUGUGUUAUAUCUUGAAAACCAUAUUUCAGAAAGUUCUUAAGCUUCUUAAGUCUUUGUAUCGCGCGCGCAUUCGAACGAAGUUUUAAAUCGUAGAUAAGAGAAAAAGAUAUAUAUAUAUAUAUACCUCUUAUAAUAUAAAUAAUUCACCCAACUUUUAAUCCAAGAACGUUAUUCAUCGAAUACCUUGGACGAGUUUAACGAUCGAAGAAAAUUUAAGGAAUUUCGAGUAUCUUAGUAGAUAUCGGACAACUAUGCGUUUCAUAAAUCUGUCAUAAUUUACCGAAGAUUGCGGUACAUCCCACUGAAUACCGAGAUUUUUCCUGUCUCUGUCAAAUUUUACGAUUCUCAAUUUAUAAUCCGCGAAAGCAUGGUAGAAACUGUUUUAUUGCAAAGGAAGAGAAAACGAACUUCCAGUUUUAGUUUUCUUUUUUCUUUCUUCUUGUUUCAUAUGUCACUAUCGAUGUUUUAUCUAUCGUGAUCUGAUAAAAAUAAGUUAUAUGUUUAUAGAAAUUAACAAGGAAAUAAACAAAUAAACAAAUCUCAAGAAUUAACAAAAAUCUUGCAUGCAUGAACCUAAUAGUUUGACCACGUUGAUAAGAACGUUUCAAAUAUUUUCAGAUAUACCAGAAACGAACCUGCGAACGUAUCGUGGUUCUUUUAAAAAAUUUAAUUCGCAGCUUACGCUGCGGUACACAACGCACAACGUUGUAUCACGUUCCCAGACCUACUAAUUCCUCAUUCAUUUAAAUGAACCAGAAGCAUGCUUAUAUCUCGUGUAACAUGACGUUAGUAGAAAAAAUAAAGAGAUCCAAAAACGUUGCAUUAAUGAUACGAAAUGUGCACAUUCCUCGGGACUAAAUAUUGAAACGUUUGUCGUACUAUUUUAUUUUAUUCAUUUUUAUGUAUUUUAUAUGUAACUGAAUUAAACUGGGUGGUUCACCAAAAA